GUCCGAAGCAUGAGCGGGAUGGGGGGUAGGACACGAAGUAAAAUGCAUGCACUCCACGUACAACUUCGGAAGAACUGCGUGCCACGCAGACAUUCCAAAGAAGGAUUAAAACGUAAAAACGGGAAGCUGCCAGAAGAAAUCAACGAAAAAUUCGAUCAAUGGCAUCGAAUCACAGGUCGGUGUAUAAUGGGCACACCGAGGUUUACUUGCAAGGCGUAUCCAAGUCGGUGGCUUUCUAUUCUGAUGCCUUCGGCUUCGACGUUCGCUGCGCACACGAAUCAAACAGAUGGGGAGAGUUGGAGAGCGAGCCGACCACGAUAGCUUUCACUCCGAUGCAGCAGCGGGAGACGGGCGAUCUGACCGGAAAGGUCCAAACACCUGGAUCUGGUCGAGGAAGACAACCGGGGGAGAUUUGUUUCGUUUACGAUGACGUGGAGGCUGCCUACAAGAGGGCGAUAGAGAAAGGAGCAGUGGGAGUGAGCGAGCCAGAGAAGAAGGAGUGGGGCCAGAAGGUUGGUUACGUCAGAGAUAUUGACGGCAUAGUGGUGAGGAUGCGAAGCCGAGCAGUGAAUCAACCCAACAAAGAUUAAUACCAUGGAAUUACAACGUGAGGGCCCAUCUCCGCAACAUCAAUAGGUUUCCGCAAUUCAGAUCAGAUUCUGUGUUCCAUAGACGAUGAAUUUGCAUUGCUGUCUGUUCCUAGUGUUUUCCGGUUACUAAUGAUCCCGCUGCAAUAAAUGUAUUCACUGUAAUUUCACUCGUCUCCGAGUUCAUAUAUCGCGCUAUUAAGGAUACACAUACAUUUGAUUUAUUAGAUAAUACAAGACGCUAGAAUUAUAAUGUCGUCCCAUG